AUCAGCGUCAGCGCCUCGCGUUUCUCCCCCACCCUUUUCCGUGCGUCCACACCCGGGGACUCCUCGCAGCGCUCUCGUCGUCUUGCCAUUUUGACCCUCCCGUCCGUUCCCAUCUCCCCACCCGUGCAUAAGCCUUUCUUUAAUCAGCUCAUGCUCUUCCCUCGCCUCGCCCUCGCCUCCUUAAUUUAUUCCUCCGGUCGCCGGGGAGAAUUAGGGUUUUGAGGAGCCUAAUCUUCGUUGUGUAGUUAUAGAAAGAGGGUGGCCGAGACGAGGCGCCCUCUCCUCCUUCCUUCCAGAGACGCCAGCCGCGAUUCGGCUUGUGAGGUGUGCGGAAAGGCUCGUGCAGAUCCAGGCGUAGGUCCUUUUUGGGAUAAAGGAUAGAGACGGUGGAAAGGGGAGGAGCACACGCUCGAGUGUACACCGCGGUUUGCUUCUGCGGGAGGGCGAAGGAGGCAUGAGCUUUGGGGGCCUCUUCGACGGCGGCGGCGGCGGCGGCAUGCAAUUUCCGUACCCCGGCGGCUUCUCGUCCUCGCCUGCGCUCUCCCUCGCGCUGGACAACGCCGGCGGCAUCGGCGGGCGGAUGUUCGCGGACGGCGCGAUGGCGGGGGACGCGGAGGCCCAGAAUGACAGCCGGUCGGGGAGCGACCACCUGGACGCCAUCUCCGGCGUCGGAGACGACGACGACGACGCCGAGCCCAGCAACCCCCGCAAGCGGAAGAAGCGCUACCACCGCCACACGCCGCAGCAGAUCCAAGAGCUAGAAGCGCUGUUCAAGGAGUGCCCCCACCCAGACGAGAAGCAGCGCGCCGAGCUCAGCAGGAGGCUUUCCCUAGAUGCACGGCAGGUCAAGUUCUGGUUCCAGAACCGUCGCACCCAGAUGAAGACGCAACUGGAGCGGCACGAGAACGCCCUGCUGAAGCAGGAGAAUGACAAGCUGCGCGCUGAGAACAUGACGAUCAGGGAGGCCAUGCGCAGCCCAAUGUGCGGUGGCUGUGGAAGCCCUGCGAUGCUUGGGGAGGUGUCCCUAGAGGAGCAGCACCUACGCAUUGAGAAUGCACGGCUCAAGGAUGAACUCAACCGAGUCUGUGCCCUUGCCACCAAGUUCCUCGGCAAACCUGUAUCCCUCAUGUCACCACUCCAGCUGCAGCCACACCUGUCAAUGCACUUGCCAAACUCGUCAUUGGAGCUUGCGGUCGGGGGAAUGGGUGGUAUAGGGUCUAUGCAGCCUACGCUGCACGGUACUAUGAGUGAGUUUGCUGGCGGUGCCUCAAGCUCGAUGGGCACGGUGAUUACACCCGCACGGGCAACUGGAUCUGCUAUAGCAUCAAUCACGGACAUCGACAGGUCUAUGUUUUUGGAGCUCGCAAUCAGCGCAAUGGAUGAACUUAUAAAGAUGGCACAGGUGGACGAUCCUUUGUGGGUUACUGGCUUGCCUGGUUCUCCCAACAAGGAGACACUCAACUUUGAGGAGUAUCACUCCUUCCUGCCAGGUAUUGGCAUGAAGCCUGCUGGGUUUGUUUCUGAGGCCUCUAGGGAGUCCGGCCUGGUCAUCAUCGACAACAGCGUUGCACUUGUAGAGACCCUUAUGGACGAGAGACGGUGGUCUGACAUGUUCUCAUGUAUGAUUGCCAAGGCCACAAUCCUUGAGGAGGUUUCUACCGGCAUUGCCGGAAGCAGAAAUGGCUCGUUGCUGCUGAUGAAGGCUGAACUACAGGUGCUCUCACCUUUGGUCCCCAUCAGGGAGGUUAUAUUUCUCAGGUUUUGCAAGCAGCUGGCUGAAGGUGCCUGGGCAGUAGUGGAUGUAUCUAUUGAUGGAUUGAUGAGAGAUCAAAAUUCUGCCACAACAUCCACAGCUGCAAAUUUGAAGUGCAGGAGGUUACCUUCUGGCUGUGUCAUGCAAGACACUCCCAGUGGCUUCUGCAAGGUCACAUGGGUUGAGCAUACGGAAUACGAUGAGGCAUCUGUACACCAGUUCUACCGACCACUUCUCCGAUCUGGUCUCGCCUUUGGUGCCAGCCGGUGGCUUGCCACGCUGCAGCGCCAGUGUGAAUGCUUGGCCAUACUCAUGUCACCUCCUACAGUAGCCGCAAGUGAACCAAUGGCUAUAUCACUAGAGGGUAAGCGAAGCAUGCUGAAGCUUGCACGCCGGAUGACGGAUAAUUUCUGUGCGGGCGUGAGCGCCUCAUCUGCUCGUGAAUGGAGCAAGCUGGACGGUGCAACAGGUAGCAUUGGUGAGGAUGUGCGAGUCAUGGCACGAAAGAGUGUGAGUGAGCCUGGGGAGCCACCUGGGGUGGUGCUGAGCGCCGCCACAUCAGUAUGGGUGCCCGUGGCUCCUGAGAAGUUGUUCGACUUCCUGCGUGAUGAACAGCUGCGUGCAGAGUGGGAUAUCCUCAGCAAUGGAGGACCCAUGCAGGAGAUGACUCGAAUCGCCAAGGGGCAUCAGAAUGGAAACUCAGUAUCCCUCCUAAGAGCCAGUGCCAUGAGUGCAAACCAGAGCAGCAUGCUGAUCCUUCAGGAAACGUGCACUGAUGCGUCGGGCUCGAUUGUUGUAUACGCUCCUGUGGAUAUCCCGGCAAUGCAGCUUGUCAUGGAAGGUAGAGACUCCACCUGCGUUGCGCUGCUGCCAUCUGGAUUCGCCAUUCUGCCUGAUGGUCCUAGCAUCGAGCAGAAGACUGGUGGCUCAUUGCUGACCGUAGCAUUCCAGAUUCUUGUGAACAGCCAGCCCACAGCCAAACUCACCGUGGAAUCGGUUGAGACUGUGAACAAUCUUAUCUCCUGCACCAUUAAGAAGAUCAAGACGGCGCUGCUGUGCACGACGCCUGACUGUUAGAAUGGAUUUUGUCUUAGGGAUGACCGGCGGCGCUGAGUCUGAGUCAAGAACGAACCGCACAAUGGAAAAAAGUAUCCUUUGCUAGGUGAUAAGGAUCUUCCUUGACAGGUCCUUAGCACAGAGCAAUGGUGGUGGUUCGGGUAUUGACUCGGCCUCUUCCGUCCGCUGUAUUCCCAGGUACCAUGCAUUUUAGAUAUUUCUUGAAGGAAAUACUUUAGCCCCAUCGUUUUGGAGUCUAUGUGUACUUUUUGGCUUGUUAGUCGUCACUUUUAUAUUGCCUCUUUCUGUUGUAAGGAUAAGCUGGUAUGCGAGUGGGCUGAGAAACGCUGGGUUGAGUAGUGCCGUUCACAGCUUCUGGGAGCAGGAAGUCUAGGAUCAAAUAUGAAUCUUUGAAAGCUAUCUUCCAAUAAUGUCUCUGUGACGGUGGCAUUGCUAUGGACCAACUGAAAUUUAUUUUGCAAUUAA